GUAGUCCGCGUCUCGCAAAAUCGAACGAUUCUCUCGCUAACGAGAAACGAAAUCUACGCAGCGAGGCAGUUGCGCGACUCUGAUCUUGUCGGCCAUCGCUACCAGACUAGGAAUUAUCACGGGAAAGUUGUUCUUGUGCGUGACGAACAAUCCGAAAGUCGAAGUGAUCGAGUUGCAAAGCAAAGGUACCAUGUUGGACAUCGAACUGGAUGAGAAAGAGUUGUCCUUCGGCCGCGUACUGCUCUAUCGAAUAGAAUAUCGAACACUGACUGUUAGAAAUAAAACUCCGGUUCCGUUCUUUUGGUAUUUGGAAGCCGAAGAACCUGCUGAUCCACAGAUAACGUUCACGCCUUUUCAUGGAGUGAUUGAGUCUCGCAGCGAGCAAAAGAUCGAGCUUUGUUAUCACGCUACCACGGUCGGUGUGGUCCGCAAGAAGGCGAUAAUCUUCAAGGCAUUUCUAGACGAGGACGACAACGAUCCCAUUUUCUACGAUGUAGUAUUAAUAUCUGGAGAAACUUACGACGUCGCAGUGGACAUCAACUACGCGAAUCCUAUCGAUUUGAAAUACAUAAGGGUGAACUUUGCCGCGAAGACGACUUUCUCCAUGAGAAAUCGCGGUGACUACGAGGUGAAAUACGUAAUUACCGUGCAAGACAAGGAGAAAUUGGCGAAAUUAAACUUACCUGCUAAUUUCAAGAAGAAGCUGGAAAUCGAACCAACCACUGGAACUGUUCCACCAAAUCAGGAGAAAACUGUAGAAAUGAUAUUCAAACCGAAGACCGAGCUGACGCUUAAGGAAGCCCCGAUAUUAAAAUGUCAUUUGGUUGACACGCAUAAAGAAACUACUGUAAUCGCCGAGAUUCCUCUCAACGUUUCUCUUGUUGCAUAUUACACUAGAUUUCGUAUCAAUCCAUAUCCUGUGGUAAACUUUGGAGCGUUGGCCAUAUGCACCGAGAAAACCAUGUACCUCAAUAUCGAGAACAUCGGAAAAUUUCCGUUACACUAUUCUAUUCGACUAUUGCACAAACAUCCUUCUGUCAUGUACAUGACCAAAGCGUUGCCAAAAGAAUUUCCCAAGAAGUCGACGAGUCUGGCGGAAAAAAGAACCACGUCGAAGAAAGGGAAGAAAUCUGCCAGAAGCGUCAAGACCGAGACCAAAAUCAAUUCGGAGCCAGACAGGUUGACAAUAGGGCCAAUUACGAUAAUGAAAACAGAGGGCACUGUAGACGUUGGUCAAACGGACAGCAUCGCCAUCAGCUGUUACCCAGAAUUCGUGGGUUCCCAAGAGGAACAGAUUAUUAUUGUGGUGGACAAUAGCAUUCCCGAAGACAGAGAAGGGAAAACAGUCACGUUAUCCAUGAACUCGUUCAUGCCCACUAUCGAUUUCCAGGACCUCGACUCGACGUUUCAAGAAAAUCGCGUGGUUGAUAGAAUUCAAGACUUCGACUGUCCCAAAGAUAUUGGGGCGCACACUGUGUUUGCUCGUCAAGAGAAAUCCCUCUAUUUCCGGUAUAUCAACGUGCUGAGCACUCACGUAACUUGUUUCAAAUUGUAUAACCGUGGCGUAGUUGCUGCGAACGUAGAAAUUCGCUUGAUGGAAGAAUCUUUGAUGCCAAAUUCAGCAAAAUCUAACACGUUUAUCGUAGAACCGACGAACGACCAGAUUCCUCCUAUGAGUCACAAAGUGUUCACAGUGUCUUUUACCCCGCACAUCAUAGAGACGUUUCAAGAAACGUUUCGAGCAGCCGUGGUUUUGCCUUCGCAUCUCGAAGCAGACCAGCUAUUCAUCAAACUGAUAGGAGAAUCUUGCGUGCCGGAAGUGGCGAUUACAGAGCCAGUGCAUGGAGCACGGGAAAGACCUACUUUGAACUUUCCUCGUACAUUGAUCGACGAGAGCAGUUACAGAUAUCUCGCUUUGGAAAACAUCGGAUUCAUUAAGGCGAAAGUCAUCGUGAAGAUCGACGAGGAUUUGAAUAACGUGUUCCUCUUUUCCGCUUGCACGGAUACGCAGCAUUUACUGCAAAUUUGGGAGGAUUACUGCGAUGAGCCACGCGAUCGAUGUAUCGUAAUUCGUUUGGCACCCGGAAAUGUAGCUCGUUUCAAAGUAAUCUUCUCUCCGACUGAAAUCGGGAAACAUCAUGGAAAAAUUCGUUUGCACGUGAUCGAUAAUCCGUACGAGAAUAUGUCGACUAAUUUGGAAGGCGAGUGUUACGUCGAGCCGAUCGUUCUGGACGGCUUACAACUCGAGGAGAAUAAACGUAAAGUCGUGACCGGAAAUCACAAGAUCCGGAGAGUUUCAUCCAAGCAGAAUUCAUUGGUUUCAGCUUCGAGCAACUCGAUGCACUCUGCGUCUCUGACCUACAUUCUCGACUACGGACUUUGUUUCGUUAGCAAAAUGUACAAAAAGACAUUCAAGAUUGCCAAUAAAUCCACGGAUCGAUGGUUUCGUUUCCAAUGGAGUGCACAUCCGCACGUUGUGUUCGAGCCAUCUAUUGGACAUAUCAAGUAUCUCACGUGCAAAGAAAUCGUUGUUACUUUCCUGGCACCUGAACCUGCGAAUUACGAGAACAUUCGCAUCGAGUGUUUGAUAUGCGAAAUUCUGGUAGAAUAUUCAGAACACGAGUUAGUAGGUUGGGACGAUAGACAGACGGAGGUGCGUUGGGAGCGGAUACAUCAUGAUCUGAUGGAUCGAAUAAGCAACAUAAACUUGUUACUGAAGAAAAUCGUGGAACCAACCAUCGAGGCAAAGCACGAAAUUUUGGCUGGAACGAACAGAUCGAUUGAUCUCCUAUUAAACGCCAUUGUUGCAUUUUCGGAAUGUUCGUGCACUGUUCAAGAAAUUUGCUUCAAUGAUACGCUGAUGUUUCAGACCAGGGAGUACAAAUUCUUCCUAUCGAAUCCAGGGAUCGUAGAUACGGUGUUCGCCUGGAAGAUAAACAUGGACGAACAGUAUCCGAAGAGGUACAUAGGAGACAGUUCGAACGUGACUUCCAGACCGAAAACCGCGGAGGAAACCCGCUCCCAGUAUUCGAGAUCAUCUAGGGGAAUCUUCUCCGCAACAAGUGAACUCGAUCGCAGAAAUUUCGGGCAGGAUGAAUCGAGCGCUGAGGUCAACACGAAUAUUUUGUCACGACGAUGCAUGUCAUUCGUUUCCGAUAGCGUCGAUAUGAAAGAUGCUUCAAGCACGAAACAAUCGGAUCUGUUCAGCAGUACCGCAGGAUUAUCGGGAAGAACCACCGACAGUUGGUUAGAAGGCGACGAUCUGCCUUUCGUAAUUUAUCCCGAGACUGGAACGAUAUCACCCGGACAAUCUGUGGAAUGUACAUUAAAAUUUUCACCCAAGGAUGUAUUUUAUUACAAGGCAUACCUUACGUGCAACAUAGAAAAUCAGGAAUCGAAGCAACCGAAUCUGAUAAUUCCCAUCGUAGCAAGAAGUUUGCUGCCUUAUUGUCACUUCGACGUACAGGAUAGCGACUACGUAACCAGUGGAAGACGAGACCCAUCGCUACCUGGUCCCUUGGGAUAUGAAAUAGACGAUCCCACUUUGUGGCAGAACAUCAGGGUAAUCGAAUUUAAAGUGGUUGGCGUGGCCGGAACUCAUGUGAAAAAAUUCCACCUGAUCAACCCCACUGUAGACGAUUAUUAUUUCUCGUGGACGAAUCGAUCGCCUCUUGGACCAAACGAGAUAUCGAAUUUUCAUUGCGCGGUGACCGAGGGUGUUGCCGAACGUGGAAAACGUACCGACCUAGCUUUCACAUUUUUGGCAGAGAACGUCGGCGUCUUCGAAUCAUUCUGGCUCUUUUCCAUCGAUAGAUACAAUCUGGAGUGCCUUUUCCUGCUUGUCGGCAUCGUAACCGAACCGUCGGUGUACUGCCUCACGAUUCACGUGAAACUCAAGCCAACGAUCUUAGGAUUCAACGUGAGAGAUUCGUUGAAAAUAUUGAACAACGAGGAUUUUCAUAUACCGUUUAGCGUGUUAGAGGAAUCUCUUUAUUCCGAGGGUAAAUUUCAAAAGCUUAGCGUAACGCCGAUGACUGGAACUCUGAUCUCGAAGAGCGAGCAACAUUUCUGGGUCGAGUAUCAUCCAACCCAGGUCGGUGAAUUCCACUUUUCCAUUCAAUGCGCCGUGAAGCUGAUGAAAAAUCCCCUUACCAUGUUCGUGACCGCCUCCGUUUACGAUAUCGUGUCCUCGGUUUCGUAUUGCAAGCUCAACGGCGAAAUCGUGCGAGCUUCCGAGAGUAAGGAGAACGUCAUCGACCUGGGCAAGAUAAUGCCCGAAGUGCCGAUUAGUCUCAAGUUCGACAUAACGAAUGCGUGUAAAGUAGCGUUCUACUACGCUUGGGAGCUCGGUAUGACGCCAGAAAUUUCCUGCAGAAACGCGUAUAGCGUGACCACGUCUCAGAAGCAGGGCCAUGUGACCAGCGAGGAUCGAUCCGCCUGUUAUCUGAUCCUGACAACGUAUCAAAAAGUUACGAUAAAGGAUCAUUGCGUUCUUCUAAAGAUAUCCAAUGGUCCCACUUACAAAUUCACGUUGAAAGCUACGUCCAGAAGACCUGCCAUCGAAUUCAGCUUCAAUCGCUACGAUUUCGGACCUUGCUACAUUCAGCAACACAAUGCAAUCUCCUAUUACGCGGAGCUUCGUGUAACAAACUCCGAUGAUGUAGCUUUUAUAAUCGAAUGUAAAUUCGAAGAACAACCACACCUCUCCAUCGACCUAAAUUCGAUAUCAGAAGCGCUGGCUGCGCGCUCUACGAUCACCAUACCGAUCGUUUUUCGACCAUUGAAGGAGAUUAAGUACCACGAAUGUUUGGUGUUCACGAUCAACUCGGCAAACGAGAAGAGGAUAACGAUUAUUGGCGAGGGCAUCGGCUAUAAAGUUCGUUUGGUGAACCCGCGCGACAAAUCGAUAGAUCUUGGUAACGUUCCCGCUCGCAAGAGCGUCGUAAGGAAGAUUCCGGUGAUAAACGAAGGUUUGGCACCGCUUGAUCUGAGAUUCGGGAUCAUGAAGUAUCUAAAUGGCUACGACGAGUACCGCGAAAGUCAGAGAUAUUGUGACCCGUCGGAUGACGAGAGCGAAAUGGCUCAGGCAUCCAUUAUGGAGACCAAGCGUUCCUGGACUAUGGAUCAAAGGUUUGCAACCGGUGAACCGAAACUUUUGGACGUUCUGAAGAUCGAACCAUCGUCGAGCGUGGUUUUGAAGCCGAAUAAGAGGGUCAACGUGUUGGUCACUUUUAAAUCUCCAUCGAGGAUGAGAUCGUUCGAGAUUAAAGUGGCCUUUCAAUCGUCUUCCAUGAUCCUGCCAUUGUUUUCGGUGCGUGGAAGUUGCGUAGGAGCGGAGUUUCGAUUAAAUAGGAACCAUAUUCCUUUUGGUACUGUAGUUCAGGAUUGUACAGAAGAGUCUAAGGUGAUAUUAACGAACACCGGAGAUUUGGGCUCCAGAUUCAAGUGGAACACAUCGAAAUUGCCGAAAGAUUUCCAAAUUACUCCUAUGUCCGGUUACUGCUCGGCCGGUAUGGAUGUCAGUUUCACGGUGAAGUUCCAACCCCCUGAGCAGCGUAACUUAAUUGAGGGUGAGGCAGUAAUGGAGAUUGAGAAGUACCAAUCUUUGAAGGUUAAAAUUAGCGGAGCGUGCUGCAAACUACCUGAUCCGAUCGAAACGAUCGCGUUCGAGUGUUUGGUACGAGGAAGGCAAACUCGAUCCGUGGUUAUAACGAACGGUUCGAACCAUACCUGGAAGUUGAAGGUUGAAGUAACCGGAGAUUACUUCUCCGUCGACGAAACGUUGCAAGUUCCUUCGCAGCAAUCUGCUCCCUGUAUUGUCACAUAUUCACCGCUGGUCAUGAACUCUGAAAACACUUUGCAUAUGGGAACGCUGGUGCUGAAAUCCCAGGACGAAAACUUAUAUUUGUUAUAUUUUCUUCGUGGCAGAAGCUUGCCACCUGAAGUUACGGAGAAGAUAAGCCGUCAAUUCCCCGCGAAAACACGGUAUACCGAACUGUUGCCUGUUCACAACUGGUUAAAUACGCAACAGCGAUUCAAAUGUAAGAUCGAAUUGUUAACAAACGAUGACACGCAACUACAGAUUCCUCUAUAUAGCUUCGUAGGUAACGAAAGAAUCGACGUUCCACCGAACAGUCAGCGAGAUUACCGAGCAGUGUUUUAUUGCUACGAGAAAUGGAACUUUUAUUUCAAAGUAACAUUCACCAACGUGGAGAAAGAAUAUCAAUUCUACGAGAUAGAGUACGAAGUAACAGAACCGGAAGUGAUCGAAUCGAUCAAGUUGGCAACCCCUGCCCGAUCCCAGAUUUGUUACGCUUUGAAACUGGAGAAUCCCCUCGAACGUGAAACGAUCAAAUUUACAGCAGAGUGUCUUCAUCCAUUUGUCACUGUUACCAAAGUGUCAAAGAUCGUGCAACCACUAUCGCACGAGUAUAUUACUAUAAUAUAUCAUCCAACGAUGCCAUUCAUCACCGACGUUGUCAUGUUAAAUGUUGAUUCCGAAAAGCUGGGCCGAUUUCCAUACGAAUUGCGAUUGAAGGCCAGUCCUGCUCCUCCAGAGAAAACCACGCGUGUCAAUGCGGCUUUGGGAAGCAAUUACGCGUUCUCGCUUCCUGUGAAAAAUUUCACUCGCGAGAAUGCCAUAUUUUUGAUACACGUAGAUAGUGAGUGUUUCGCGUGUCCGAAAAAUAUUCGAGUGAGUGAACUAAGCGAGGGUAUAAUCGACGUAAUUUACGAGCCGUACGAUGUUGAAAAUGCCGCUGCCACGUUGAUAGCAUCUUCAGACACUGCCGGAGAAUUUAUCUUCCCUCUGAUCGGUUCUUGCACCUUGCCGAAGCCUAUGGGUCCUUACGUGAUCACUCGAAGCUCUCCCGCUUUUAUAUCUUUCAAAAAUGUCUUCAGAGAAGCAAAGACCUUUGAUUUUAUCGUCGACGUUGCCGAAAUCUUCACAGUGAACACUGCGUCAACCACAUUAGAUUCCAAACAGAGUAUCGACGUUAAAGUGGGUAUCCGGGAGAAUGAGUUAGAAGAAGAGGACUUUACAGAAGAAAAAUAUCCCGUUACCGGAAAGCUAAUGGCGUAUUGCACUGAUCAUGCUUUUUCUCAUAUAAAUUGGGUGUAUUACUUAAGAGCAGUUUUUGAAUGAAAUACAAACGAAUGUUUCACUUUUGGACUAUCGUUUAUGCAAAUUCUAUUUUUAAAUUGACGCGAAAGAAAUAGUCGUGUGGUAUUUAAUGACGCCUUACAGUAUGACGCAAGUAUUAAGCCAUUGUGAACCGGGUCACAGUCCUAAAGGAGCUAUAAGUUCGAGAAUUAUUUACAAUUAAAUAGAUUCAAACAUUCUAACGUUUCGAACUUCUAGAAAAAUUAGAUAUUUUACACUUUACGCGUUCUGAUUCUUAUCUCAUACUUCAAUACAAAAAUAUUAUUUUCAUGGAUGGAAUAUUCGAAGAAUAUUAAUAAGAAAUAUAUGCACGUCAAAGUCGAGUACACGUCACGAUAUUUGAUAAAUGAAACAAACUGCUGUUUAGGUCCCAUAUUUUUUAGUCAUACUUAUGGAAAUAUGCGUUUGUACUAUAAAUAUCCACAGCCCAAAUCUUUCAUGAUUCACGGAAAUAGACCUGUUCAUAAAUAUUCUGUAAACAAAUAAAUUCAACAACAAUGUUAUUAUAAAAUUUUCAAAUUAUCGUACAUUUCUUUCAUUUGUCCCGAAAAUUUCCCACUGCCCUCCUCUGUCCGCCAACAACGAAUGCUCACAAAAAGAAAACAACGCUUAUGCAAAUCGGCUAUCUUGUUCGAUCUCCAUGUGGGAACAGCCUAACGCGUGCGUGGUCGUCACGUAAGCAUGGCAUUGGCGCAUUGGGUUUUUCUUGGCAGCCAUCGAAUUUCGUCGCGCGUGUAACACGAUUCGCUCAGCGAGUGAGUCAUCAAGGCGAAGCGAGUGAAUGAAAUGUUUCGCGGUCUGGUUUCGUAAGAAUGCGAGUUCCGUAUCAGCAACGCGUGCUCGUUUCGCUCGAUUCUCGGGGCACUUGACCCAAAGAACUUGAAUUCUACGCAGCAAAUCGCUUCUCUCUCGUCGUCGAGAAUUGCCUGCUCGAAUUUUGAUAUCGUAUGAAACUCAUCGAACGUUCACACGGCUUCAUGCAUAUAUUCAGUUGCUACAGUUGCGUCGUAAAUGCGCAAUAUAAACGCAAGGCUAUUCGGCUUAUCGUCCCGCUUAAUUUUUAACUCUGCAUGAACGUUAAGUAACAGGAUCGCUUUCUUCAUAUACAGAUAGAUAAAGAUCUCAUUGCAGACAAGUCGUUGAAUUUGUAAUGAAAGAUUCUCCAGCAACCAAACUAAAGGCACGAUUGUUCUUUCAGAGAAAUAAAUCACUGGGAAAAGUAUUUCGUAUCUCUAUAUUUUCUCGUUAAACGUCGAUAGAUUUAACUGCAGAUAAUGAUACGAUAGGCGUUGAUGUUCAUCGUUAAAAAAGAAUAAUUUAUCGCGCAAAGAUAAUCUGCCUUUUGUUCUUUUCAGGCUCCAGCAUGAAAAUUAUUGUUUUCACAGUUCCUUUAACAAAAGGAAUCUGGCUGUGGCGUUAAUCUUUCUCCUGAAAAUCGAGCUAUACAGAAAUAGUGUAUAUCAACGGUGUAUCUUCGAGGGACAUCUCGUGCAGUUUAAAUUAUAGAACGGACGGGUUAUCCCGAAGGUUUAUCUUACGCCCUUCAUUUAUAAUAUCAACCGGUUUUUAUUCCUAAUUUACAUAAUCGCAGAGACACGUUUGUGUCUUCUUAUUCCUUUUACAAUCGCUAUUUCUGUUCCUUCCAAGUAUCGAGACGAUUUCAAAGAUUUAAAAUGAUCAUCUGUUAGUUUAAAAAUUCUCUAUACCUAUGCUUGGAAUUCAAAGCAAACGACGACAUUGAUAUUUUAUUUUAUUUUUUUAUUUUUCUUCUUUUUUUUUUUUUUUGUUGAAGACGAAUCGGUCGUUAAGUGGGUAUGAUCAAUGUUUUUUUUUUUAUUCUCCAUAAAUAUUCGUAUAAUAUACCCAAUGGGUCAGCAGUCGUUGAACCUGACCUUGGAGAUACCAGUUUCUAGAGUCUCAAAUAGAAAUUGUAAAACUACUCGGAAAGCUACAAUCGAGAACGAUAUAUAAAACGAUCAUAGAUGUGUCGAUCUACCGACGAUUAAAUCGAAAAAUUAUGCAUUAGAGGUUCGCAUAAGACGAUGAUAAAUUCUUGUUCAGAGGAGAACAAAAACCUUUGCGAAAGAGUUCGAAUGUCGCAAGCGUAACUUUCUUUCGCAAAAGGAUCUCUAUGUAGGAUAGCUGUAGUCGACAUGUAUCCUUGUCUUUAAAACUAGUGCUUACGUCAAUGGCAUUUCGAGUUUCAGAAAGAAAGAGAGGGACAAAAACUAGUUGUCAGAAAAAAAGAAGAAACGACCAACAACACAGGAGAUACCGGACACUAAAUAUUUUUAAUUCAUUUCAGAGAAAUACGUAUCAAUAAUUUUUUCUUCGGUAACUUCACGCGACAAAUCCCUUGACCUAAUAUCAGAAUUCACUGGGUCAAGAUGGAAGAGACCUCGCGAUUACUGUCGCGUCCGACAAACAACAGAGAAUGGAGAUAUUACUAAUCGAUGGGAAUUCGCUUGUAUCACUGGAUUUCCCCUUCUGAUUUUAUGGCGUUCGUUAUUUUAACAUCGACUUUAUCUAUAUUUCAACAUCGACCAUAUCUAUACUUUAACAUCGAUCGUCAUAAAUCUUUUUAUCUGAUAUUUGCAUAAGGGAAUAUUUAGACACGAUGGGAAGAAGAUUUCAUAUACACAUAUAUUAUUUUCAAAUAUUUUCUUAGCGCCUCUCGCGAAGAGAUACCGCUAUCAGAAUUUUCCUGUAUGCUAAUGUCAUUACGUCAACCAUCAUUUACGCGCGCGUCGUUCACCGAUCAUAAAAUUCCAAUUAUCUAAUACCGAUAAAUAUAACGAGAAAUAAGUAAGUCCCGCACGGCAUUCAACAACAUUCCACCGAUAUUUCCAACUAACUUUCCAGGUUUUCAGGUUCCAUUCUCAGAAACAUCAAUCCAUUUCUCGAUAAUAAUUCUGAAAAUCUGACUUCUACGGUAGUUCGUAAAUAGCAGAUAAAUGUUGCUAAUGAGAUUUCUUUAUAAGACGCCUUCGAUACCGGAUCUUUAUAAGAUCGCGUAUCUUUCUUUCUCCGAUUCUUCCACGAUUUUAUUAUCUUCUCCUACGCACUGUGCCUUACUCAUAGUUAUUAAUUGCUUCGUUAAUACAUCGAUGGAAUUGUCGAGGUUCUUAACUGCAGAUUAUUGAGUAAUGUUUUUCCAUCGGUGUCCAUCAUUUUUUGUCAUAUCUGUCAGCCGUUAUAUAACAAUAUUAUAAUAUCAGACAAUCUUCAAGUUUGUGCCUAUCGUCGCCACAGAUAAACAAACACUCGUAGUACAUUGAAAUGUGAUUCUCUGUUGUAUAUCGGCUUGGAAUACCGUGACAUUUAUAAUCAACUUUGGAAACGAUCAAUUUACUAAUUUAUUUUUCGAGAAAUGUUUCCUUGCAAGGUUUAUUUUUAAUUAUAACUAGCCAUGGAAUAUUUUACAGAAUACAAAACUUAUUCGCAUAUAUUUAUUUACAUAUUCACCGUCUGGAAUUAUUAUCCAAGGUAUCGUGCUAAAAUUUCCAACAAUAUUUUCAAUAUUUAUGAAUUAAUUUCUGAUAACCUGUCCUAGAAAUAACGCUUCGUCCUUUUAUCUACUGACUGCAACCCCUCCUCUAUCAAAAUA